GUUGGGGGGGGGGAGCCGUAGCGAGAUUGGGUAGGUUAUUUUGCGUCAUUUUGACGCUGUGCAUUGGCGAACCGGCAGCGCUUCGCCACAAGGUGCGAGAAAUCCUAGUGACUGUCUUCAGGAUCACCUGCUCUCCGAGCUCCGGGUUUGGCGCAGCGGGGGGACGCACCGGGCUUGUUUCCGUCACCAGAUGUCUGGAUCUGGGAUCACUGUCAUUUCGAAGUGUGGAGAUUGUCGCCCUUCUGUCGCCCAUAUGAAUAACAGCAGUGAAGUGGAACAACUGCGUCUUCCCGCUAUAGUGGUGGAUGAGGAUGAUGAACUUGUGAAGUACAUCUGGAGGGAGUACCUACAACCCAAGCAGUAUGAAUGGGUGCUCAUCGCAGGAUACAUUAUUGUGUUCUUCGUUUCACUUAUUGGAAAUUCACUAGUUUGCUUUGCUGUGGUGAAGAACCGGCACAUGCGGACAGUGACCAAUUACUUCAUUGUCAACCUGUCCUUUGCCGACGUGUUGGUCACCCUCACGUGUCUACCCGCCAGCCUGGUGGUUGACAUCACCGAAACAUGGUUCUUUGGAAGCACGCUCUGCAAAAUCGUGCCUUACCUUCAGACCAUCUCCGUGUCCGUCUCCGUGCUGACCCUCAGCUGCAUCGCCCAGGAUCGCUGGUACGCCAUCUGCCACCCUCUGAUGUUCAAGAGCACCGCGAAGCGUGCGCGCAAGAGCAUCGUGCUCAUCUGGCUGGUGUCGUGCACCAUCAUGGUGCCUCAGGCCAUCGUCAUGGAGUGCACCAGUUUACUCCCAGAGCUCACCAACAAGACCAGUCUGUUCACGGUGUGUGACGAGCACUGGGAAGAGGAGAUCUACCCCAAGGUGUACCAUACCUGCUUCUUCAUCGUCACCUACUUUGCGCCGCUGUGUUUCAUGGUUCUGGCCUACAUCCAGAUAUGCCACAAGCUGUGGUGCCAACAGAUCCCAGGCAGCGCGUCGGUCGUGCAGAGGAAGUGGCACUCGUUCCAGUGCCGCGCCCAGGCCUCGGCCCCCGGCGAGCCCGUGCGGGUGAGGACCGUCUCCGUGUGCGCGGAGGUCAAGCAGGUCCGAGCCCGGCGGAAAACGGCUCGCAUGCUGAUUGUGGUGCUGUUCGUGUUCGCCCUCUGCUACCUGCCAAUCAGCGUGCUCAACAUGAUGAAAAGGGUUUUCGGGACUUUUAAACACACCAACGACAGAGAAACCGUCUACGCCUGGUUCACCUUCUCCCACUGGCUCAUCUACGCCAACAGCGCUGCCAACCCCAUCGUCUACAACUUCCUAAGCGGGAAGUUCCGUGAGGAGUUCAAGGCGGCGUUCUCCUGCCACUGCGUGGGUCAAAAGCCGAGCCGCACCAAGAGGCGAACCAGGGCGAGCACGGACAGUCGCAAGUCCCUGUCGACGCAGGUCCACAACGUGGACAACGUGUCACGCAUCUCCGACCAGGUGGUGUUGUCCCACAACAGCGUGGAGCUCAUCACGACGCAUACCGUCGCACAAGAGACGGGCAUUGAAACGACGUAGAUCGAUAUGUGAACGCACGAUAUUUUCACCGAUGUAGUUACUGUAAUUAUUGUAAAUAUAUGAUAUCACGCAAGGAAAGAACGCAGCCUGUUGUAACAUGAGUAUCGGAUAUAUUACGUACAGAUGGACUUUGCAAUGGAAAAGAUGUUGGCUCUCAUUAGAAGAAUAUUGACCUCACUGUGCCUUGCCAAAGAAUAGGUUUCGUAUUGACAUAGAGGCUUUGUGUUUUUAUAGAUGAGUUUGAUGAUGUAAUGUAUACUAUUCCAUGCCUGCCCUGUAAGGGUUAAGGUUAGGGACGAAUGAUAGGAUGAAAUUGUUUUCAUCCUAUCAUUUAAUUGCAAUCAUUUUAUUGCAACUUUUCCCUAUAAUACACAGUAAAAUGUGCUUUUUAAACGGAUCUCGGUUUGGUUCCAUUACCAGAGAUCUGUCUUGAUCUUUGGUAUUUCCUACAGUUGCUUUGUGAUAAAACCUCAAAGCAGCAUAUAUGUGUAGGGGUAAAAAGCGUUUAUAUACCAAGGUUGUGGGAGGGUUACUCAGCAGGGGGUACGCCUGCAGAGCUGUUUGUCAUUCUAGAGGUGGUCGGGUUCAGCGAAUGUAAGUGCAUGUGUGCAUGUGAGUUCUUGUAUUUGUUGGUCAUGCAUGUAUACACCAUCCACUCACAUUUUGCUUCAUGGUCCACGCUUAAAGUCUCAUGUUUGCUGUGUUCGGACAGGAAUACCCUCUCGAUUCUCCAACGGGUUGACAAAUGCAUUGUGUCUAGAUUGUGUGACACAAACUUACUACACUAGGGGAAUGACGCGCUGUUUCGGAUGAAUGAGAUGAUCAGCGGGAAUCUCUCCAAACGUGACGCACACGGUUGUAAGCGUAUACGCUGGGGAUUGCGAGCGUGCUUCCCCCUGCUGUGCUGUGAUAUUAAGGCUCGGAGAAUCCCAACCUCGUCUGUUAAGACGGAGGAUUGGAAAAUCUU